AAAUCCAAUGGUUGGUAGAGUAGCGUUAAGUUAAAGCCACGCUGGAUCCUCAAUUCAAAUCCCUCACUUCCAUAUAAACCCGUGCUCAUCGCCGUCUUCACCGUCUGUCUUUAGCUCUGCUCCCUUCAUAGCUCACUCUAGCGCUGUAUACUAAUGGCCUUGCCAAAUCAGCAGACUGUCGACUACCCGAGCUUCAAGCUUGUAAUCGUCGGUGAUGGAGGCACUGGUAAGACUACUUUUGUGAAGAGACAUCUUACUGGGGAGUUUGAGAAGAAGUAUGAACCUACCAUUGGUGUGGAGGUUCAUCCAUUAGAUUUUUUUACUAAUUGUGGUAAAAUCCGUUUUUACUGCUGGGAUACUGCUGGGCAAGAAAAAUUUGGUGGGCUCAGAGAUGGCUACUACAUCCAUGGGCAAUGUGCCAUCAUAAUGUUCGAUGUUACUGCUCGCUUGACAUACAAGAAUGUUCCUACAUGGCAUCGUGAUCUGUGCCGGGUGUGUGAGAAUAUACCUAUUGUUCUCUGUGGAAACAAGGUUGAUGUGAAGAAUAGGCAAGUUAAGGCAAAGCAGGUCACAUUCCAUAGGAAGAAGAAUCUGCAGUACUAUGAGAUCUCUGCCAAGAGCAACUACAAUUUUGAGAAGCCUUUCUUGUAUCUUGCCCGAAAGCUUGCUGGGGACCCAAAUAUUCACUUUGUUGAGUCUCCUGCUCUUGCUCCCCCAGAAGUACACAUAGACUUGGCUGCACAGCAACAGCAUGAAGCCGAGCUUGCUGCAGCAGCUAUUCAGCCUCUUCCCGACGAUGAUGAUGACGCGUUUGACUAGAGGGCAGUUACUGUCAUGUGACAAUUGUUCGUGCUGCUUUUCAAGUCCCUUUAUUGUGUAUUUGCGUUUAUCAUGUGAAAAAUAUUUGCAACAUUAUAUGGCAGGGACUUGGCAAUGAGAAUGCACUAGUUAGGUUUUCCUCCAUAUUGUGUUGGAAUGUGUUGACUUGCUGAUCAUACCUAGUAGCGGAUUCUCUUUUGGUGUUGUGGAUUUUUGCAUUUUAUGUACUUAAAUGUGUUGGAACUUGAAUCUUUAAGAUAUAGUGAAAACUUGGCACGAUUGCAAAUCUA